CGCACGUCAUAUCUUAAGCCUCAGAUUCGGUCCACACCGUGCAGAACACCCGUGGACACCACAGACGGCAACCAGAUUUUCUAAUAUCGAGAGCACGCCAUGUCCAAACGCACUCUCGCAACGUUCUGCUACUCCACGGAGCAUCACCGUUUCAUCCAGAAGACAACUGAGAGAUCCCUGGGCAACCGCGAAGUCAUGAUCAAGACAACACACUCUGGCCUAUGCUAUACAGAUGUUCACGCCAAGGAAAAAGGGUGCGGCCUGGGCCACGAGGGCGUCGGGCUCGUCCAAGAGCUCGGCCCCGGCGUGACGAACCUCAAGGUCGGCGACCGGGUAGGCUGGGGAUGGCUGCAUAGCUCCUGCGGCCACUGCCCAACUUGUCUUUCUGGGUAUCGGCAGUAUUGUUCAGAGGCGCUCGGGUUCGCCUUUUCUGACCUGGAACAGGGCGCUUUCGGUGACUACAGAAUUAUUGAUGCCGAGUUUGUGUAUCGGAUCCCGGAUGCGAUCACCUCGGUGGACGCUGGUCCCUUCAUGUGUGCCGGGGCGUCAGUUUACGAGGCUCUGGAUGCUGCGGGCACGAAGCCCAGCGACAGAGUUGGAGUCGUCGGCGUUGGAGGUUUGGGUCACAUGGCCAUCCUCUUUGCUCGUGCAAUGGGCUGUGCAGUGACGGCGCUGUUUGCGUCCAACAGAGAGCCACCGUUGCAAAAGGUCAAGGACUCCUUUGCACUUGGUGCAGAUGAGGUGCGAUGCAUCUCAGAGGGAUACGAGACGACAUUUCCCCCGGGCGGAGAUAAAGCAGCUGGGAGUGAAUCCGGGAGAGCAAGGCCAAUCGAUGUACUACUCGUCACAUCAAAUGGGCUUCCAGACUGGAACAAGGUCCUCCCGUUGCUUAACAGGAUGGCCAGGGUCGUCUUGAUGUCUAUUCAAACAGAGCCUCUCAAUAUCCCAUACAUGCCUUUCAUCCUCCCUGGGCACCGGAUCAUCUCCUCGACAGAAGCGUCAAGGAGAAAUCAUGACGAGAUGCUUUCAUUUGCGGCUCGCAAUCAAAUCAAACCAUGGGUGGAGGUUUUCUCAAUGAAUGAAAAAGGCCUGGUACAGGCAUUUGACCGUCUUGAGGCUGGCCAGAUGAGAUACCGCGGAGUGCUUGAAUGGUGA